AGUUGUUCAUAUGGUUAUUUCACACUAACUUUGUGAUGACGUCCUAAAAAACACAAACCUCAUGAUUGGUUGCAUUUUCCAAAAUGAUGCAUUUAUUUAGGGGGGAGAAAGGGGAACGGCAAAAAAGGCUAGUGUUUUGCUUUCAAAAGCAAAUUUCAUUUUAAGGUUUGCAAAAUUUGUGUUACUUAAAGGGAAUGACACACUGCAUGAGAAAGGGAAAUGACAGUUGCAUAUUAGAACUUCCUUCUACAUAACACUAAAAUGACAUGGCUCUUUAUAUUAGAACUAAUAUGCUAAAUCCAAAGUUCAAAUGGUUCAGUUCAAGCUUAUGAUCAUGAAAGCUCUUUUAUCCAAUUACUUGUCUUCCUUAGACCUGUCUAUCAUAUCCAAAGGUUCCAUCUCUGUGACACAAUCAAUUGCAGUGAUAGCAUUAAUUCUCAUAUUACUAUGCAUUUCUUUCAGAAGAUCCACUAGUGUCUACCUUAUUGACUAUGUUUGCUAUGUACCUCCUGAUAAUUUCAGAGUCCCUCACUCCCAUUUCAUAGAACACUUUCAAUUAUACAACGGUGACAAAGAAGUCACAGACUUUAAUACCAAAGUAUUGGAGAAAUCUGGUAUUGGAGUUGACGCUUGCAUGCCAGCUUCAGUUCACGAGCUCCCGCCCAAAACUUCUAUGAAAAACGGACAAGAAGAAAUUGAAUUGGUUCUUUUCACAAUCGUCGAUGAUCUUCUUUCCAAACACAAUGUGCAUCCUAAGAACAUUGACAUCCUCGUAUCAAAUUGUAGCCUUUUCUGUCCUACACCAUGCAUCACCUCGACUAUCAUUAACAAAUUUGGAUUUCGAAGCAAUGUAAAGUGUUUCAGCCUAAGUGGAAUGGGCUGCAGCGCUGGAUUGUUGUCCGUAAGCUUGGUUAAAGAUCUUCUAAAAAUUCACAAAAAUUCAUUGGCUUUAGUUCUAAGCAUGGAAGCUGUAGCACCUAAUGGAUACACUGGUAAUACAAAAUCCAAGCUUAUCGCGAAUGCUUUGUUUCGAAUGGGAGGAGCAGCCAUUUUACUAUCCAACAAAAAUCAAGACAAGGGCAUAGCCAAGUACAAGCUUCAACAUCUUGUGAGAACACAUGUGGGAUCAAAAGACAAAGCUUAUCAGUCUGUUUAUCAAGAACCUGAUGAAAAUGGGAUAGUUGGUGUUUCGCUUUCGCGAUCGCUGUUAAAUGUAGCUGGUUCAGCUUUGAGAACCAAUAUAAUAAACUUAGGCCCUCUUGUCUUGCCAUAUUCCGAGCAACUGCGAUACGGGUGGUCGAUGAUUCGCAGGAAAAUCUUGGCAGUGGAGAAUAAGGAAAUGUAUGUGCCAAAUUUCAAGAAGGCUUUUGAGCAUUUCUGUAUACAUGCAGGUGGUAAGACAGUAAUAGAUGGCAUAGUGGAAAAUCUGAAGCUGCAGAGGGAAGAUGGAGAGGCUUCAAGAAUGGCAUUAUAUAGAUUUGGCAAUACUUCAUCUUCUUCUCUGUGGUAUGAACUAUGCUAUUUGGAAGCAAAAGGGAGAGUAAAGAAAGGACAUAAAGUUUGGCAAAUUGCAUUUGGAAGUGGAUUCAAGUGUAACAGUGCAGUGUGGAAGUGUCUUUCUGAUAUUGAUCCAAAUGUAAGGAAUGCAUGGUCAGAUAGAAUCCAUUUGUAUCCAGUUGAGAUGCCUGUGUUUGACUGUUGAAGUUAUUGUAGGUUCAUGAUGUAUUAGCAGGUCAACAGUUCAAGGUGCAUGAAUAUCACUUGUUUUUAUUGUUUUUCUAGUUACUAACUCCUUGUAUCAAUGUGGUAGAUGAUA